GUCACAUCAGACACUGGUGUAGGAAACGCUUUCAGGUGGGGUCUUUCAGCUUUCAAAGGUUUUACUCUGAAGAAUGGAGGAUUACUCCAACAUUCAUACCUACUCCCCAGACAUAGACUUUUAUUAUGUCUUUGCCCCAUUUGUCACUUACUUUUAUCGUGGAGAAACUGGAUUUAUCAUAAAAGUGGUGACAUGCAUUAUCAUUUGUAUCGGCCUUCCUUUGACCCUCAUGGCCAUCUACGCUCUUUUUUCUCAGGUGCGAAAUGAUCAUGUUGCUCCGAUCUACAUCAGCAACCUUCUCAUUUCUGACCUCAUUCAACUCUGCUGCUUGAUCGCUGAGGUGGCACAACCUAAGGACCGCAAGAUCGUUAAUAUCUUCACAUACAUUUACUACUUUUGUGUGGGGGCCAGUGGUGGCUUCAUGGUGUGCAUCGCUCUGGAAAGGUAUUUGGUUAUCGCAUGUCCACUGUGGUACCGCUUCAGACGAACCAUCAAGAUCUCUGUGGUGGUUUGUGUCGUGGUCUGGGUCCUUCCUCUUGCCUUUCUCCUCCCUUUAUUUAUCUGCAAAGAUGGGAAGGUUCAAGAAAUCAUCGUCACCAUCUUUUGCUUCCUUCCCCUCCCACUGCUCAUAUUCUUCCUGGGUGGGACCCUUAAAGCCCUGUCAGCUUCCAUCUCUGUCCCUUCUGAUGAAAAACGACGAAUUGUAGGAAUGUUGGUCCUGGUGCUGCUCAUUUACAUGCUGUUCUUCCUGCCCAGCAUCAUUUUGUUAUUGGUAUAUGAAGCCAGAUCUAACGAUACCCUCAGAAGCCUGUUUCCUGUGUUUCUUAGGUUGAAUCCUGUUGCAGACCUAUUUCUGUAUGUUUUCAUGAGGAAAGGGACCAUUGACAAGCUUUUGGCCUCUGUGUGUUGUUGCAGAAUGGACAGCAGUGAUAUCAGCAGUCCAACAGUAGAAAUGAACCCAUGUCCACAGUCAGCUAUAAGGGGAGAGGGAGAGAGAGAAAGAGAGACAAUAGAGGGAGAUGUGUAGGCAGUUAGAUAGACACAUAUUCUGUCUUCAGCUGAUAUGAUUUACAAACUGCAGAAACAGGAAAGCCUUGUCUUUUUUAUUCUAUUUAUGAAAAGGAAGUAAAAAUCAAGCAAAAGGAAUGCAAUUCAGAAAAGAAGUUGAAAAAACUUAGUAUGUAACUAGUUCAAUUAAAAACAUUAAGGAAUCUAUGAUCUUGCAUUCUGGAUUUAAAAGCAUUUAACAAGAUUAAUGCUCUUAAUUUAAAAACAUCCAUAUUCCAUCUCAAGGGUACAGAAUACAUAAAUGCACUUUACUGCCCAAUGGGAAAUGAUUUGGUGAACUUGCUCUGGUUCCGUAAUGGCUUCAACAAAUGUAAAUAAAACAUGUUUUUAUGUGUUUGUUAGCUGUAAGUUGAUAUCUGUCCUUAUUACCCUUUAAUCACAAAGGCAAACCAGAUAUUGUGUUUGAUUUACUGAGCCAGUAAAGCUACCACAGUGUCUUAUUCCUAAACCUAUAUUUUGACUUUUAAAUAAUAGUUCUAACUAUAAUUGUAAUCACAAUUGACUAUGGAGGGGGUUCGAGUAAUGGUACGAGCAGCUGACCAACUGGAGAUUAUGGAGACACUUAAGAGGGAGACCAAAGAGGACAGAAUUGCAGUCAUCAAUACGGUAUGUAACCAAAGAAUGGGUAGGGUAGCAGUACUCUGAGUUGUAAGUGAUGGGCAAAGGCAAUUAAUAUUUUGUAGAUGAAAGUAUGCAGACCAAGUAUGCGGUUUAGUACUUACAAGGAGAACCUCAGUUUUAUCACUGUUGACUUUGAGGAAUUUGGAUGAAAGCCAGGAUUUAAUAUCCAAUAAGCAGUCAGAAAGGGAAUUGAGUGGAAGAGUGGAAGAGUGGAAGUAGGCUUGGUGGAGAGAUAAAGCUGGGUGUCAUCAGUAUAGCAGUGGAAAUGAAUGCAGAAUCUUCUGAACAGAUGGCCAAGAGGUAGAAGGUAGAUAAUAAAUAAAAGGGGACCAAUUACAGAGCCCUGUGGAACACCAUUAGUAACUGGAAAAGAGUUGGAUCUGAAAUUUCUAAUUUGAACAAAGUGAGUGCAUCCAGAGAGAUAUGAUUUAAAUCAGUAGAGCAGUGUCAGUGUGGUAGCUAGUCUCUCUAGAAGGAUGUUAUCUGAAAUGGCAUCGAAGGCUGCUCUUAGAUCAAGAAGAAUGAAAAUAGUUAAAAGCCCAGAGUCAGCUGCCAUUAGGAGAUCAUUAGUGAUUUUUACCCAGGCUAUCUGAGUACUGACGAAACAAGUGAAAACCGGAUGGAAAUUGUUCAAACAGAUUGUUGUGACUAAGUUGAAUGUGGACCUUAGCUGCAACUUAUCUUUCAAGUAUUUUAGAGAGGAACAGUAAAUUUGAAAUUGUUUGGAAAUUGUUCAGGUUGUUGGGAUCAGUUGGGAGUAGUAGCAGCAGGUUUGAGAGAUGUGGGCACAAGACCAGAGAUAAGGACCAGAGGUCUGUUUGUCUGUAACAUAUAAUACUGAGAAAGCAUCUUAAUAACUUAACUUUUUUUUUUUUUUUUGGUGUCUCUCAUACAUAUUAAUAUAUAAUUUAGUCCUUUACUUUUUCUCAGUGAUUUUUUGCUUUUUUGUACAGAUGUUAUACUAAACUACAUACUAUUUGUUUAUCUUAACUUACCAUAAGUUUUAUUUUUGGUGUUUUAGUGGUAGGCAUACUAGUUAUUAGGAUGUGAUUGAGAGCAGGUAUUUUUAUUGUAGUAUGUGCUUGGCAAUAUGAAUCAAUUGUGUAAUGUUAUAUGUAAUUUUAUG